CAUGAGUUGUAGAUUUCCAUGUUAUUUGGUCGAGUCCCGCUGCCUUGAAGCACAGGACAGCCGCUUUGUCGGCACGUCAGUCAUGCCUCAGGCCAUGUCGCUAACCUGGACGCAGGACGAGCAUGUCGCAACCAAACAACUAUCCCCCAACGUUUAACUUCGAGUCCUUUUACCCCCCUCAGUCUUCUCAACUUGGUAAUGGCGCAUCGUUUCCACAAUGGGUCGGUCAAAGGCCGAGACCAACAGGCGUUGCUAGCGCAAAACCUUCACAAACCUAUCGACCCGUACGAACUGCCCCUAUCUCAAGGCCGGCCAGCCUUAUGAACUUUAAUCCAUCACACAUGCACCAGCAAGACAGUCGGAUUGAUCCAAACCUUUCCUUACUUCAAGUGCCUGAACUAUCCCGUCCACGUUCUGCUCUAGACAGUCUCAGUAAUGCAAAUCCAAUUACCCGAUUCUACGAAGGAGAUGACGCACCGUGGAGUUCAGAACGCAUGAGAAAUACUGGCUCUUCCGGAGGCCGAUUAUCUCAUUCCCAGCCCAAUAUGGCAUUCGGAUCCUACCGCGAAGACCUAAGAUCUGAAAAUGAAAGUCUAGCGCCCAGAUCAGAUUCUGGUUACUACACUCAUCAAACUCAUUCCAUCAUAAGCCAUGACCAAGAGCGCUGUGACCAGGAACUUCCGUCCGAGAUGUUCCAAGUUGGUAACAUAACUGUCGGCUCUGCAUCCAGCGAGACGACAGAGAUGUAUCCCGCUCCCAAUACUGACCAAAUAUCGCAAUAUAGCGGGCGCAGCACAGGUAAUGGGAAGGAGUUCAAGUGCCCUCAGUGCCAAGAAAUUUCAAAAUGUAAAUCGGAUCACAAAAAACAUAUGCUAAAGCAUGACAAACCAUUCAAGUGUGAUAUCCCAAGAUGCAGACGAGGCAACAAAGGCUUCACCACUGUGAAUGAUCUAAAUAGGCACAAAAAGAGUGUUCAUGGAAUCGGUGCAUUGCAGAAUUCCUAUCGAUGCGCCUCCGAAACCUGCAGGAACAAGGAGAAGAUUUGGCCACGCCUCGACAACUUCAAGCAGCAUAUUCACCGAAUGCACAGUGAAGAGGAUGAAACAGACCUCAUCCGAAGGUCUGUAUUCCAUACACAACAAUCAACGCCGGCUGCCGAAACCCCAUCGGUAGCGCCAAUGGAUACCACCCUAGCCGGAAUAGCCCCCGAGCGGCAGUUUUCUAGUAAUGGGUUCGAUGAUCCUAUCUCCGGGAUGACUUUAACCCCAGACCAGGCUCCUACUUCUUGGUCUUCAUUUGAGCCGAGUUCAUCACAAGACUUUGCUAUUGACGUUGAUCAAUCAAAUCCAAAUAUUUAUGACCAAGGCCCUCAAAAGACUAAUAUGCCAAUUAAUCCUGGAUAUAAACCCGCUGCCCAAGCCCGGACAGCCGUAUAUGACAUGAACGCGAUCUCACUACCUCCAGGCACAAUGCGUCGUAAUAGCUCACUCCGACUAGACGCGCUUGCUACAGUUGCCUCUUCACAGUCUUCCCCUGAAAAGCCAGUCCCACAGCCUACUCCCCAGUUAUCCAAGGAGCCACAGACCAAGGCAGAACAGCAGAAACAGGCGCUUCAGAAGUUCUCCAAAAUAAUAGUCAGGGACAUACAGAGUUCUUCUAGCUCUGAACCGGUGGAUUUAGAGGAAGUUGUUUUGCGUGUCCUUUCUCGGCUGGGCAAGAAAGAUGCCACCUCUUCGUCUUUACCAUCCUCUAGUCAAAAUGCAACCAGUGGGUCUUCAUCUAGCCAGAAUGUGUCUAUGGAUACGGAUCCGAACACAUUGACGAAGACCGAGGCGUUAAAAGCCUCGCAGGCUAUUUCCAAAAUAAUCAAGCAAAGCGGAAAGAGACCGAUUGGAAUUAGCAGCCGCCCAAGGACUUCCUCGAGUAACAUGAAGGCAUGUGAGCAUUGCGAUGUCACCUUGGCCCGGUCUUGCGAUAUGAGAAAACAUAUGAAACGUCAUACGAAGCCAUAUGGCUGCACAUAUCCCAGAUGCCACAAGCGCUUCGGCGCAAAGUCCGACUGGAAGCGCCACGAAAACAGCCAACACUUCCAACUCGAAUCUUACUGGUGCCAGCUCCUCUCCCUCGCCUCGCAAACCCCCUGCGGCGAGCUCUUCUACCGUGCCGAUCUUUUCAAAAACCACCUCCAGAAAGAACAUAAGAAGACGGACGAAGGUGAGAUCGAGCUGGAGACUAAGAACCGGCGUAUUGGUAGAAACGGUCAGGGGCAGUUCUUUUGUGGGUUUUGUGUGAAAAUCGUCAAGCUAACGCAAAAACGGAAUGCUGCCUGGGACGAGCGUUUCAACCAUAUCGACGAACACUUUAAGGCAGGAAAGAGGAUUGAGGAGUGGCAUUGUAUUGAAGCGAAGAAGACGAAGGGAAAGGUGCUCAAAGAAAUGAAUAAGAUGGUGUUUGAAGAGGAGGAUACGGAGCCUGAGAUAAGCCUGACGAACGAAUCGUCAGAUGAGGGUCAGAUGAUCCUGAAUCAAGAACCAUCGCAAUGCCAAUCGCAGCCUCAGACCCAACAUUCGCCAAUAGCUUCAAGCCCUCCUAGUUCUGGGCAAAAAAAGAGACCAGCGGAGGCAGAUACCCACGAGAAAGCUCCCCCACAGAAGCGUGAACGGAGACAGGGAAGACAAGAGUUAAUGUGGUAUUGCUGCCAGUGCAAACAAGGGCCCCGCACCUAUCGGAAUCAUGUCGUCUGCAUAGAAUGCGAUCACCAAGCCUGUAAAUCGUGCGAGUGGUUUCCAAAUAGGGAAAAUCUAGCUAAUUAAAUAUUGGCAAAUGCUAAUAUUUGCAGUUGCAGG